CCGCCUUAUUAAAAUAGAAAAUAUUUAUGCGCAACAACAUCACUACUACUUCUGGUGGCAAGUUUUCCACUUUUCAAAAUAUUUGUUGUGUUGCUUUUCAACUCAGCAAAUUAGGGCUUCUUUUCCUUUUAUUGCCCCUUCUACCUUCUUCUAACCCCACCGGAUUUUCCUCCAAGCAAGGAUUUUGAUCCUUUUUUUUGAAUUUUAUUUUGGGUGGUUGAGUUGGUUUGGCGGGAAAUGGCGGCGGCGGAGGUGGAGAAUAAGACGGACGAGGAGGUGAAAGGACUGCUGGUUUUUAAUUAGGACUGUUGCUUCUUCUGAUUAAUGCUGAUUUUUAAUUAAUUUUGAUCUACAAGGACUGCUGGUCUUCCACAAUAUGGACAGUUAGGGCAUGGUUCAAACAAUGAGUUCUUUGUCCUCAUGUAACUUGAUGUUCCAUUCAUCCCAGUAGUAACAAGCCAAGUUUAUCAUUGGCAGUAUAAUACCAAGGACAGCUCUGUGAGGCUUGCUUAUGAAGCUCAGCCUAGGCCUAGAGCUAUAGCCUCUCUUUCAGGAGAGACUAUUGUAAAAGCUGUUUGUUGAACUAAUCAUACAGUGGCUGUUACUAAGGAUGGUCAUGUUUACACGUGGGGCUUUGGUGGUUAUGGAAGGCUUGGGCAUAGAGAGCAGAAGGAUGAAUGGGCUCCACGUCUUGUUGAUGUUUUCACUAGGCGUAAUAUGCUACCUCCGAAUUCAAUUAUUUCAGCAGGUGCUGCCAACUCGGCAUGUACAGCCGGAGGUGGGCAGCUUUACAUUUGGGGCAAGAUUAAGAACACUGGGGAUGACUGGAUGUACCCUAAGCCUCUCAUGGAUUUGAGUGGCUGGAACCUGCGCUGUAUGGAUUCAGGAAAUUCACACUACUUUGUUGGGGCUGAUUCUUCUUGUAUCAGCUGGGGUCAUGCACAAUCUGGAGAACUGGGAUAUGGACCUAAUGGGCAAAAAUCGUCAGCAAUUCCAAAGAAAGUGGACAUCCUAGAAGGGAUGCAUGUUAUUAGUGUUGCCAGUGGAUUUACCCAUUCCUUGAUAGUGGUUGAUAGAAUCAAGAACGCUGAGAGAAUUGAAGAGCUUGAAGUACAUGAUGGUAAAGCUGCAGAAGUAAUUGAACCAACUGAUAAUGGAGCUGACGUGCCUGAGAAAGCUCCGAAAAAGAGUAAUGCUAAAAAACCUCAAAACCUGAAAAAGAGGAAAAAUGAAAGUUCUUCAGAGGAUGAGAAGAACAGUGACUAUGAGAGCGAUGGCAAUGAUGCACUCAAUGGAAGUAGAAAGAGCUCGGGUCAAGGAAAAGGCAGAUCUCCUUCAGGGAAAAAAGGCAGGGGUCGUGGGAGGGGCCGCCCGGCAUCUGAGGUGUCAAGUGCUGGAGGAAGAGGUACGGGUAGGAGGGGAAGACCUAAGAAGUCAUGAGCGCUGUCUUGAAUUCACAGAUUUUUAUUCUUAAAUUGAUGAUGUGUGUGUUUCUCUUACCAAUUUUCUCGGAUGCAUUCAAGUUCUAGCUGUUCCGAGUAAAAUGUCAUCCGAGAACUAAGGUAUGCAACCUUUGUAUGUGGUAGAAGGGAAGAUAUUCGAGUACUACUUGUCUUGUAACUGACAUUUUUUAUGACUAAAGAAAGCUGAAAGAGAAUAGCAUUUUUAAA